ACAAGCGUUGUAGUUUGCUCAGGUGUGGUUGCAUGGUCAAUUUAUGCCCCAUGGCACGUGGAAAUCAGAGUGCUUCUCCAUGCCUGACAUGUUAACCCCAAAGCAGCGAUGCCUCCCUCGCAUGAGGAGCGUGCAUCUGCACAUUAAAUGCAAUUAGCCCCAUCGAUUAGUGCAGUUGCAGUGUGUGUUGGGAGCGUUCCCUUGUAUAUCUGUUGUUUCCCAUUAUUACCUCUACGCAAAGCAAAACGCCACUUUGGAUGUUAAAAUACUUAGGGUGAUCUCCUGAUGAGAACCCGUUUCCCUGAUGAUGAUCCCAAGAUAAGGCAGACCUGAAAUGUGUUAAACAAUAAAAGUCAGCCGUGUUUCCUUAUACAGAACUGAAGUCCAUAGUUUCGCCAUCAGGGCAGACAGAGACUGUUUUCAACCUGACCAACAAAAGGUGCCAAAUCUGGGGAAAAAAAGGUCCGUUACUCUGAAGCUAAAGCUUUUUGAUACAUUGCUAUUAGAAAACUCAGAUGGCUGGCACCAGCUUUUUUUAAACAUCCUUUUAAAUUGGUGUGAACACAAGGUUUUUACAGAUGCAUCUAAACUGGUAGAAAGCUACUGCACGUUUAGUAGUGUUUAUUUGAUAUGCAGGUGCAUAGGUAUUUAUAGGGUAAUAAUAAAGCUGUCGGUUUUCUGGACUUAGAAUACUGAAUUUUCAUUAAUAAAACCAAGUUGGGUUUUGAUGUCCCAUGUAUCAUUAGUGAAGAGGAACAGAUUCAACUCGGUGUUAUUUUGCUGUAUGAUUCUGAGUUAAAGAUUUUUCAGGUCUCGAAGUAGUGAUACCUACAGAUAGCUGAAUUAGAAACCUACUAAUAAACCCCAAGAUUUCCCGCUGCGAUGACUGAUUUAAUCUAAAAGAUGAGAAGUCAACAAUGCUUCAUGUUCUACUUAUUUUCAGCCACUGAAGAUUACAUUCACUUUUUGCGGUAAAAGAAAAACGAGUGGUUUAGUUUGCAAAAACCCUGAAGUGUGCAAUUACAUUUUGUCAAGUCAGUUUCCUCAAUGAUCCUUUCAGUGGUCCUAAUGAGCGAAGUCCCUUCUGGUCAUCCUGGCUCAUUUCAAACAUCCUUAGACUGUUGGAUACUGAGUAUAAAUAUUUUGCUUAAUAUAUGAAAUAAACUAAUGACACCUGGCAGCUGACUAAUCAACACUUCUAUAAUCCCAAACCAACCCUAACACUUUUGCCUUUUUUUUUUUUUUUUUUCUUAAUUUGGUUUGGUUUAGCUAGUCAGCAGACCAAACUAUUGUAAGUGACAAAUGUGAAGUGACCUGAAAGUACUUGUCCUGUGGGGGACAGCGAAGAAGCAAAUAACACUGUGAAAGAGAGAUGAGAGGGAUCUGAGGGUUCGGUAAUGCCAAUACUUGGGGAUCUAAGUGUAGCCUCAUCUCUUUCCUAUACUGGUAAGAUACGUGUGUCCAGGAGUGACCUUUAGUCUUGAGGCCAAGUGGUAUGUUUGGCCCACUUUAAUACUCUUAAUACUUUAAAACUCUUAGCCCCAAGUCAGAGUGGCCGCAAGGAGACUGUCUCUUUAUAGUCCAUACUAACUCCUAAACUGUACCCAGAAAUUGCUUGGGUGAGUGUUAGGCAGUAUGGAUCGGUAUGGUAUGGUGCCAAGGGUAAUGCAGCCAUAUAGCCUGGCAGCGUUUAAUGCUAAAUCUGAAUUUAUUAGGAUAGAUGUAGUCUGGGUGCCCGGUGAAUGUGAGCUACUGGUGCCUAACAGAAAGUGUUACCUGGGGAGAACUUGGAGAUAUUGCCCAGUAGGCUGCCGGGGAGAUAGGUAGGCUAUUUCAUUGUGUGGAAGGUAGAGGGGAACAUAACACAUUCAUAGAAGGCUGGGUUUCAUUAGUUCCACUGUUUACAAAACUGCUUUUUGUAUUCAAGUUUUUUGUAGAACAUUCUGAAUUUUCUUGAUGAAAAGAUAAAGCUCUGUAAUAUUUUUAUUUGCCUUCAAGCUUUGUUUGGGUUGCAUUUGUAGGCUUUUUUCCACAACCAGGAGGGCCUAACACUUCUUUAGAGAAAUGAGUUUCAUGUAAUUGCUUAUCUGCUUUAUGUAAAAUACAAAUGCUUUAUGUAAACAUAAAUAUUUAGGGAUUGGUAAUAAAGUUAGAUUUGCUGGCAGAUAUGAAUCUUUGCAUUGAAAGCUAUCGGCUGGCUACAAUGUGCCUUCCUUGAUGAUGCUGUCAGCAUAGGAACCUGAUUAGAAAGACUUUCAAUAUAAAUGGCUUUGUGAGUCACUGUUAUUUAAAUAAACUAUAGGGGUUUUUUUUUUAGGAGACUGGAGAACUACAGUACUGAAGUAUUUGACUAAUGCCCAGAAAUAUAUACCAAUUAAACUGCUGUAGUGUUGGGUUUUAUUUACUCUGAAAUAACAAGUAUCAGAUGCUGAGAAUCCUGAGCUGAGAUCUGAUGGCAGAGAACUUCUAAUAAUAUAGACAAAUAGUCUAGAAAGAAAUAUUUCCCUCAAAGACCUGUACUCAUACUUGAUAUUAAAUAGCAUGCAUUCAAUUGUUAGCUUAAAGUCUAUGGACCGGUUAUGUUAAUGAAACUUGUUAAUUAUUUUAAAUAGAAUGGUGAAUUCUGAGGAAGAAGCAGCUGGUGUGUUGAGCCACUUCUAACUAAGGACUGAAAAUGCCAGCAGGUCUCAGGGUGGUGCUCUUCAGGGUUCCAAGACUCAGUAAGAACCCAGGGCUGCUGCUUCUCCUGGAGACAGUGUGUCACCUCUGUUAUCAGUGUGCUACCGUUCAUAAACAGUGAGGGCAAUACUCUGUCCUCUGCUCUGGCUGGCCCAAGUUUUGUGCUGAUCCUGAUGUACGUGCUCUUCAAAAUGUGCUUUCUUCAGGAAACAGAGUACAUGGUGCUGACUUCAGCAGCAAUUGAAAGUGAGGCAAAGGCAAAAACCAAAGUCCGCUUUGAGGAAAUCUUCAGACGUCAUGCUGGCCUAACAGACGCAAAGAAAUCAAAGAAAAAGAAGUUUCACACUCAAGAGGAUAUUGUGCUUGACACCUUUAGAAGUAAUAUUGAUCUAGCUAAGGAAAGCGUGAAUGAUGAAGCAAUUAUAAACAACACAUAUAAACCUGAAGAAGAGAGUCCCAGAUUUACAAAAAAUAAACUGAGAGAGAAAGCCUCAAUUGCAGAGAAAAUAAACAAUGAUAUUGUUAGUGGAGAGGAGAACAAGCAACCAAAGUCUAACAAGAAGAAAAAGAAAUCACUGUUACAAGAACAAUUUAAUGAGGAGGAAAAUUUAUAUGAAGCUAAAUUGGAGAGUUUUGAGAAAAAGAUUAAUGAUUUUCCGAAGAAGAAAACAAAAAGUAAAUCACAAACAGAUGUACCUCAUCAAGAAGAUGACAGAAAGAUUAAAAAUUCCUUGACUGAAGUGAGAAACGUAACUGAAUUAGAAGAGGAAGAAGAGCUAAUUCGAGCCUAUCAGCUGCAUGUGGCUGAGGAUGAGGCAAAUGCAAUUAAAAAGAAAAUAAGAAUGAAACUUAAAGAACAGAUGUCUGAAUUUGCCUCCAAUGUUCAAAGCCAUGAAGUUGUAUUGAACAAUGAAGUUGGCAAGAAGAAGAAAAAGAAAAAAGAAAUAGCAGUUUUAAGUGAAGCUGAAACAAGUGCAAUGUCCCUUUCUGAGCUACAGCAUCAUCCUGCAGAAGAUGGCAAUGAAAAUCAGUCAUUGGAAAGCCUGUUUACAUCAGAAGGACAGAAACUGGAGGAAAGCAUGGGAAAACAGAAACCGAAAGCAAAGAAGGUUAAAAAGAAAACCAGACAAGAAGAAAACAAAGAAGUUGCUGCAGAAAAUGAUGAGGAAAUGAAGAAUUCAGAAACUUCAACUCAGUCUAAAUUUGGUUUUGAUGAUGAUCUUGUGUUGGGAGUUUAUAUCCAUCGAUCUGAUCGACUUAAAACUGAUCUCCUGAUAUCUCAUCCCAUGGUUAAAAUCCAUGUUGUUGAUCAGAGAAGUGGCUUAUACGUCAGGAAGGAUCAUAGCAAGAGGAAAGUUUCAUCUUACUAUGAACAAGAACAAAUAGAGCACAUUCUUCCUAUUAUGACGCAACCAUAUGACUUCAGACAGUCUAAAUCAACAGUUCCAGAGUGGGAGGAGCAAGUCAUAUUUAAUGAGUGUUUUAGCUAUUUUAUUCAAAAUACUGAAGAAAGCCCUCGGGUAAUCCUGUUUUUUGAGAUCCUUGAUUUUCUAAGUAUGGAUGAAAUGAGAGCCAACUCUGAUGUACAAAUUCAGGAAUGUGGUUUCCGAAAAAUUUGUUGGGCAUUUCUAAAGCUUGUAGGUGCAAAUGGAGUUCGAAACAUUGAUGGAAAACUACGUCUGCAAUUAUAUUACCCGCCUCCAAGGACUAAGUCACAUCCGAAUGUUGUUGAGGUUUAUGACUGGUGGGCAAAAUGUCCUAGAAAUCGUUACCCAUCAACUUUAUAUGUAACCGUAAGAGGCAUAAAACUGCCGGAUCAUGUUGCUCCUUCUUUCUGCUCUUGUGAACCUUUUUCAGAGGAGAAAAAGGAGCCAUUUAAAUGGACGAGAUUGCCUGGACAGGUUUGCCGCAUACCAAACAAGCACCUGUUUUCAUUGCGAGGUGGAGAUAUGGGCUGUUUCUGUAUUCGUUUCUCUCAUGAUGGGAAAACACUAGCAGCAGCAUGUGCGGGAAGGAAUGGUUAUCCCAUUGUUUUGUAUGAAAUUCCUUCUGGACAGUUCCUGAGAGAAUUUUAUGGUCACCUUAACAUAGUGUAUGAUCUUUGUUGGUCGAAAGACAAUCAAUACCUUCUUACUGCAUCCUCUGAUGGCACUGUCAGAAUGUGGAAAAUAGAAACGCAGGCAGCAUCUGCAGUGAGAGUUUUCCCUCAUCCUUCAUUUGUUUACACUGCAAAGUACCACCCAAUUGCUGACUCGUUGGUCGUGACAGGAUGUUAUGACUCAGUGAUUAGAAUCUGGAAUGCAAAUGUAGAAGAAAUCCAUGGGCAACUGCUCCAGGAGCUUGAUGGUCACAAAAGUUUCAUCAACACGCUUUGUUUUGAUGCGGAAGGGCUCCACAUGUUCUCAGGAGAUAGUUCAGGACUGAUAAUAGUUUGGGAUACAUCUGUCAAAGGAACUUCUCAACACCUGUUUCAACACUGGAGAAUUAAUAAGGAAAUAAAAGAAAAUGAUAUUAAAGGAACACCAAUAAAUCAUUUGGAGGUGCAUCCAAAUGGAAGGCGUUUAUUAAUUCAUGCCAAAGACAGUACCCUGAGAAUCAUGGAUCUCAGAAUCUUGGCUGCAAAGAAAUACAUAGGUGCCACAAAUUACAGAGAAAAGAUUCACAGCACCUUAACACCAUGUGGUACAUUCUUAUUCUCUGGAAGUGAAGACGGAAAGGCUUAUGUCUGGAAUCCAGAAACAGGAGAUCAGGUGGCCAUAUAUUCUGAACUCUCCUUCACAUCUCCACUUCGUGAUGUUGCCUUUCAUCCACAUGAACACAUGGUGUCAUUUUGUGCCUUUGGUCAAAACCAGCCAAUACUUGUGUACAUUUAUGAUUAUAAAGUUGCACAACAGGAAGCUGAACUCAUAAAAGAUCUCAGUUCAUCACAUACCACAGCUGCACCAAGAGGGCCACAGCUCUUCAGCAGUUUUUCUGAAAUUCCUGUACAAAAAAGUUCAGUAAUGUCUCCAGCAGAUCAGUUUGUCAGUGUUGCAAGAGCAUCAAUGAGAAUGCAGAAGGUGAAACAAAAACUUGAUUCUGUUAUGGCGAGCUCAAAUCUCUUGCUUCCUGCGCCAUCAUCGCUGUCACCACACUCCAAGCUAAGACUGCCAGGCACACUGAGCACUCCACUGAAUCCUCUGUAUUCUUUCGGUACUAGAAGUGGGUGUUUCAGCCCGGUAGGAAAUCCUCUUAGCCGAACACUAUUGGGUAGACUACAGAUGAAUGAUGACUGCCUGACUGCACUGGGGGUGAGCAGUUGUCCACUUGAGCAAGAGACAGUAGUGGCUCUUUAUGACUACACAGCGCAUCGAUCAGAUGAGCUAACCAUCCAUCGCAGUGACAUUAUCCAAGUGUUAUACAAAGAUAAUGAUAACUGGUGGUUUGGCAGCCUAGCAAAUGGACAGCAAGGCUAUUUUCCAGCUAAUUAUGUGGCUGGUGAAAAAGAAUACGAAGAACAACCUUCAGGAUUAGUACCAGAUUCUGCUCCUCUCCUACCCGAAGGACCAAGAGAAGCAGCGGAAGGUUCUCCAACACUACAUAAGAUGUCACCAGUCAUCGGUAAGUCAGGGGACCUAAAAUUCAGCUCGGAGCAUGACACAGAUAGAGGCUCACCUGCAACACAAGGUGCAAAGAAAAAGAAGAAAAGGAUACAGAAGAACGAGAUAGAAAAUCAGCACAACUUAAUGGGUCUCGAUAGUCCUGUAUCAUCAGUUACAGCUAAUGGUGUUGAAAAUGAACCUACGGCCCAUGGGGUGGAAUUGAAGAAGAAGAAAAAGGCAGUGAGAGGCUCAGACUUAAGCACAAAUGGAAAGACAAAUAUUGCCUUUGAGCCUGAACACUAUGACAUAUAGUCAUAAUUCAGUUCUGAAUAGCGGUGUGAUAUUCAGUGUUAUGUGUUAAGGCUGCAACUACGAUCUCGCUUCUAGGAUAAACACAAAAAAAAAAAAAGGUUUAAAUACUCAAAUAUGCAAAAUGGCACCAGUUGUGACUCACCAAUGGUGUAAACCUGUUUUGGAAGACUUUUGCCCUGGGUUUCAUGAAAUCAACAGAACGUGAAUAUUCAGCUCCUCACUGGACUGAGAACCCUGCUGACAAAUACAAUGUUAACUAAUCCAAUAUGUGAUUACACCUUAACUUAGGCUAAACAGGCAUUUCUGUAGACUUUAGAUCAAUCCAUGGAGAGCAGAGAAUGAAGUGAAAAAGCAUGAUCUAGAGCAAAACAAGCCCAAACACUACAUAAGUUAUUAAAUUAGCAUUUUAAAAUGUAAGUACGUUUACUUACAUUUGUAAGUAAGAUGGAGUUCACAACGGUAAAAUUCCAAAGGAAUGCUGACACUACAGUGUACCUGAAAAGGUAAGCUUUUAAAAAAUAUUUUCCUGACAUCAAAUACUCAGUUGGACUGCAUUUUGCAGCUCUGAAGUGAAUUGUUGAGUAACGACCUAUGCAACUACACUGUCUUCAGUGGGACUACUCAUGCUUACCAAUGUAAAUAAGUGUUGCGAAUUCUAUUUUUCAAAUGAGGUUUUCUGCACAUACUAAAGGUGCGUUGCAGUCUUGUCAGAGUUCCUGGCUGCUUUGGCAGCACUCUUGCCAAAUACACUUUCUUUUGUCUGAGGGAAAUGUUUCAUAUCCAACUGUGCUGUUUGCUUUACUUGUAGUCCUUAUUCACUUGUGUCAUUAAUCUAUUUUUUCACUUGAGUAUUAUGUUGUGAACUUUUACUAAUGACUUCACUAAUUAUCUACAGUGGUAAAUAAUUUAUGUUUUGUAUUAAAGGAAACACUUUCUAUCAGUUAGUGUUGGUAGUUUUUCUGGCUGAUGAUGUCCAGUUUAUUUUUACUCUGCUAGGAAAUUCUUCCUCCUCCCCCUCUGAAGCAAUAAAUAACAUAAAAUUAGAAAGCCCUUAUUUAGUAGACAGGGCACUUGAUUCCAUUAAAAAAAGAAGUGAGAAUAACAAUGUUGGGCACUGAUGUGUGAAAUGCACCCAGAUGCAGAGGACUAGUUGCUAUAUAUUGUAAUAUCUUCCCUGCACAUGUUUUAAAGCCAGAAAAAUCUGUAAACUUGUUUCUUUUGAGUAAAGCGUGGCAACAAACAUACUUUUUUUGGCCACACUGGUAGUUGUUCUUUGCUAACAGUCCUAGCGUUGCUUUGCUUAGAGCACGUGGAUGGAGUUCUCCCCUAAAUGUGACUUGCCUAUGUGUCCUGGAAACUUAUUAAUGUCCCUUUCCCCAGUCAGAGGUGAUGUAAAAUCGUCUUUGUCCUGGUACUGCCUGCUUCCAGCAAGGCUCCUGGCCUCUUUUCUCACUGCUUUUGCAACGUACUCCAACUCAUCGUUCUGUGUGACGUGGGAUUUAAAGAUUUUAUAGAAGCAAAAAAUCUCAACAUCCUAUGUUUCUUGAAGUGUCCUGGAUCACAUUUAAAAUAAGGGCAGAGCAUGACAUCAGGCUCCACGUCAGGGCGAGCUGAGCAGUAGCCAAGAUCUGGGAGCUCAUUGGAAAGCAUUGUAAAAUGUUAAUUUGGCAUUGUGGACACUGAAGACAGAAAUAACACUUCAGAUAAACACCGCAGAGAGAUGGUAGUUCUAAUCAAAGGCACAGCACCUCCUUUCAUGCUUGCGAACUAGGGCUCCAAUUAUGUUCACUGCUCUGAAGCUGAAUAGAGCCGCUUUGCCACACUUUCCAAAUUGAGAGGAGAGGCAGCAGUAGUGUCUUCCAAGGCACGGUUCCAAAUAACAAUUAAGCAGAAGGAAUCAGAUAAGAGCCAAACAUGAAA